UGUUUUUGAAAACAGAAAAUAAUCGAUUUUGAUGUGCUCUGCAUGAAAACAAUAGAUUAUCGCAUUCGCUCGAUUACUUCGACUAUAUCGAUUAUUUUCGAUGCGAUAACAAAAUGUUCGCUAUGGAAACAUAGCAAUUGUCAAAAGGAAAUUAAAAUUUGAUUUGUGCAACAAGAAAAACGCUGACAGCGACCAGGCGACCAGCGACCGACCGAGAAAACUGCUUAAGCGAUGGCGCUGCCUGAGCAUGCCGAGCUCAAAGAUUUGCAGUGCUUCGAGCUGCGUCCGCUUAUUACCAAUUUCAGCUGUAAGCUUUCCGCCGUCACAGUUACACCGUUUGAUGAAAAGCAAUUCCUGUGCCUGGUCAGCGAGGAAAAUGAGAUUGUGUUGCGCUACAUUAGCCCUAGCGGUGGGGCGCAGGAGGUGCUCAAGAUGAUUUCGUGGUUUCGGCGCACCAAUCGUGUCAUCCAUGACGUCUGCUUUGAUCCUGCAGGCGUGUGGCUCUUGGUUCUGUGUUUCGACAAUACUCUGCAUAUUGUGCCCGCUUUAUCUCUGGUCGACAAGUCGCACAAUCUGGACACAUGUUCGUUGUAUAGCACCAGCCAGGUGACAUCCUACAUCAUCCCGUUUGUGGGUCCUCAUGAAUGCCCUAACUCCAAGAAGUGCCCAAACCAUUCCACGGCUCUCGAAGAGCAGCAGCAACAGCAGCAGCAGCAGGUGGAUGAAUUGGCGGAGCAGCUGCAGCAUGUGGGGCUAGAUAAAGAAGCUGUUGAGAAUAUGGAGGAGGAGCCCUUGGGUCACGAGUUGCCUGAACAUAUGCUGGCCAAUCCCCAGCCAGCAGCUGCAGUGGCAGCUCCAGAGGGCGGAGCAGGUGCGGAACAAUCUGUCCAGCAUAAAGCACAGCCUUUUGAUGCCACGGGCAACAGCCAAGUGAUGGCCACCUCAUUCAUGGCCUCAAAGACCUGUCCUUAUCCGCUCUCUGUGGUUUGGUGGAAGACUUCCAGCGGAUUGAAUCGUGCCAUCAUUGGGUAUUCGGAUGGCUCCAUCUGUUUUGUGGGUCUUAGCCCCAAUUGUCCAAUGAUUGCCAGCACAUCCAUCCAAAAUGGUUCAGUGGUGCGCUUGACCAUUUGCAAGGACAGUUCAACGUUUGAUGGCGUCAUGUUGCUGAUUACUUCAUCGCUGAAGGAGCAAUUUAAACUCUUGCUCGAACAGAAGGCUAUUAAGUACGUAUAUCCUGGCGACAGCUCGCCCACAACACGCGAGGGCGCCUGGCAAAUUGUCAUGGCCGUGCACUCGAGGCAUCAGAAUGCUUCGGGCAACGAUGCGCGUCAGAGCAACAGCUCUGAUCCAGCUUCCGACAGCAGUCAACUGGAAGAGGAUGUUUUUGCGCCUCCUGCCAGCGCAGAUGAAGUGGCGCCCAACACACAAACAGCGCCGCCACCUACUGCGGCUACGGCUACGGCUCCUGCUGCUUCCGUUGCCUCUGCGCCCUGUGAGAGCAGCACUUGCUUGCCACCAACGCCGCCUCCUGCGCCGCCUUCGUACAGCGAAAGCAACGCGAUACGUUAUCAACAGCAGCUGACCGGUAAUAGCUUCGAUGGCAUUCUGCCAGCUACGAGGGCGCGGCUUGCUUCGCUCAAAAGUCUUGGCUCCAAAAAGCUGCAGGCCAUCAAGAUGCGUCUGUCAGAUCAGCGGCAGAAGAUUGAUGAAUUUAUGCCCGAGUCAAAUGCCGGAACGUUGGCAAUCAUGGACUCGCCAUCGGUGACGCCAGAACCAUUGGGAAACACUCAGGGCUCCUUCUACAACAUUCAGAACCUGCGCAGCACGUAUUUGUUGAGUGCGCUGCACAGCAACAGUUGCAGCCUGACGGUGCACAGCAUCGAUAUCAAUUUGAAGCCAUUGUUUCUGUAUAAGAUUCCCAAGCACUGUGUGGAUAUACUCAUUAGCUCUAACAUAUUGUAUGGUGUGCAAUACGUAGACUUGCACAACAACAAUGAUUCGGCCAGCUCGACAGCUGCCUGUUCUCUUGAGGAACCCGUCGUGGCUAACACCGAGAAGGAAAGUCUGGAUGCGGACACCGAGAAGCUGGAACAGAUAGAGCAGGGCACCAGCACCAACAAAAGCGACGAGACAAGCGCAACAACGACGAGUGCAUCAAGCAUCGAUCAAAGCGAAAUGCCCACCAACGCCAUCAAUGCGGUCAGCGUCAUCAGCAGCGCGAUGGCUUCACUGCAUACCACCGACGAUGAUCGCUUCAAUCACCAAGCGCAGCUGGCGCUCUUUCGCUUUGAGCAGGAGACUGUGCUUCAUCUUUAUCAGAUGGCACAGUUUCGCAACGAGAGCAAUCCUGUUGAGACGCUAUCGAAGGAUGAGCGAGCAAAGGCAUUCGAGAUCAAGGACAUUCACACGCCCAUGGACUAUGUGCAGUUCUACGAGUCUGCAGAUGUGAACAAUGAGUUCUCGCUGCGACAAAUGGAGAUUAUGCAGGGCGAGUUUCCCAAGAUCAACUACGAUCCCUGCUAUGUUAUAACCAAUAAGAAUGUCUACGCCAUUCAACUCAAAAAGGAACCAUUUGAACUCUUCCUGGAUGCGGCGCUGGUGAGCUCAUGGAAUCAGUGCCGAGAGUUUUGCAAUACCUUCGAUCUGUCGUUCGAGCACUGCAUUGAGUUUGCCGGCGAUUACCUGCUGCGCCGCAAGAAGAUCACUCAGGCCUUGAUCACGUACAAUGUGGCGAGAGUGAAGCCAAUUAGAACUGCUCUCAAGCUGGCCAUGUAUGGACAUACCUACGCAUUGAUGCAGUUGAGUGCCAUGGCCCUGAAAUCGUCGUAUUUGCUGCGCUCUCGCCACCUGUGUCAUCCGCUGCUGAAGAGCAUGCUAUCGGAUGUCACCUAUCGCCACUCUGAAGAUGUGCGCAGCAUUCUACCGUUGAGUGUGAAGGAUGAGGACACGGUGGUCAACAGUGGCAUAUCCUGCAGCGACUAUCACUAUGGCGUCGACGAAUCAAUCAGUGCGCUGCAAAUGUCGCCUUCGUCGCAGUUUCAUUUGGCCAAUUUGUUGUUAAUUACGCUGGCCGAGAAGGCUGUCAAUGACAAGAACUAUUUGCCUCUCUGGAACUUCUUGGUGAGCAACAGUAAAUACCAUACCAACAUGACGAGCAUUGUCCUCUGCCAGAGCGGACUCUUUUCCUCCGCCAUCAUAUUGGCCAAGGUGCGUGGAGUUUGCCUGGACACGUUCAAUGCCUUGGUCAGCGUUGUGGGCCAGGAGUUCGGCUGGUACAAUGAGCUCAACGUGUGUCUGUACAAUCUUAGCCAAAACAUUUUUAUGGAGACUAUCACAUACUUGCCGCUUGUGUCCAUGGACUACUUUACUUUCAUACAAGAUAAACUAGAGCACAUUCGACCCUGUGUGCUGCAGCGUCUGUCUGCGCAGCUUAAUCCCUUUGCAGCUGCAUUGCGUCCCAUUGUAUCAUACAGCUGCAGUUCCUCGAGCAACAAUGACAAUAAUGCGCAUCUCUUUGAGUUCUGCAAAUGCCUAAUCGAAACCUAUCUGGCCGUGCUUAUUCACAUGGAGUCGCAGCGCGUCAAGUACGACUCCAUUGUGAACGCUUUGUCCAACUUUCGCAUUAAUUAUGAGGACAAUCAGUUUGCCAUUGCAACGUCGCGGUUCAAGCCAAUCUCGGCAGGAUGCGCCUACUGCGCCUGCGUUGUUGAUGGUGUCGCCUACUUCUGGGGCUCCAGCGGAGUGCCCUGCUGCUUUAGCGCGCAGAAGUCAACGGAACCGCCGGAGCCUGCACAUGCUGUUAAGACAUUGGAGCUGCUCUCGCAACUCAACUUGGAAGUACAUGCGCUCAAGUGUGGACGACAACAUACUCUCAUAUUGACCAACAAUGGCCUGUACGCCAUGGGCAACAACAGCCUCUGCCAGCUGGGCAUUGGCCAGCACAUGCAAAUGGCGCUGCAGCCGAUGUUGGUCACAGGCUUGGAUGGCAUGAACAUCACCUUGCUGGAGGCAGGACAAUAUCAUAAUGCAGCCGUUGUUGAUGGUAAACUCUAUAUGUGGGGCUGGGGCAUCUAUGGCCAGCUGGGCAAUGGCAGCUGCGAGAACAUUGCAACACCAAAACUAGUCAGUUUCUUCAAGUACAAGAAAGUCUUGCAAGUUUCACUGGGACAUGCGCACAGUUUGGUGCUGUGUCAGACAAUCCACAAUAAUUACUCAGAGGCUAAUCGCUGUGACAACGAGCUCUUUGUGUUCGGCUCCAAUCAUUUUGGCCAGCUGGGCAUUGGCAGCACGGAGCAGUCGGAGACUAAGACGAGUCUGCCACUCCGCCUCAACCUGGGCAACAACUGCAGCUUAAGACUGAUACAUACGAAAUUUUUUACAAAUUUAGCUGUAGAUGAGGAGGAACGCAUGUACACAUGGGGCAGCUCGCCACAGGCGCUGCGUCUGGCCAAUCAAAUAAAGCGUCGUGCCAACGCCAAGCAAAAGUUGGAGGAGAAUCAUCAGCGCGAGAUGCUGAGCAAGCGGCUUGAGGAAACCCUCGUUCCAGCCAGCAAUAGCAAUAGUGCUUUAGUGGAACCGACUACAUCCUACGCUGCGGUGGUCAAUGGUGCAAUUCCUAAGGCCCGAGAAGAAACCAAAGAGUCCAGAGAGAAUGAGGCUAUAGCAUCGAAUGCGACUGAGACUAUUGGCUCAAAGUUGACUGCGUCCACAGAGGCAGAGUCGAGCACUGCGGCGCCAACGACUGUUCCUGUAGCUGCAGCACCGCAGGUCACUGAGCCAGAUCCAACGGAGCACAUGACGCCACAUCUAGUGGACACUAGCGAAGUGGCUGGUCAAAUACUUCAGAUCUCCAGCGGACUGUUUCACUUUGCUCUUAUAUCGUCGACGUGUACGCUGUAUACUUGGGGCAAGAAUCUCGAGCAUCAGCUAGGCACUGAGGAUAAAGAUCGACGCGCCGUCCUAAAGCCAUCGCCCAUCGACAGCAUUGAGAGGCCGAUGUACGUGGAUUGUGGAGCGGACUUCACGCUAGUCAUGACCACGGAUCACAUCGUGAAGGCCUUCGGUGGCAAUUCGAAUGGACAGUGUGGACGCGACUUGGGCGCCAGUCUGGAUCGCAUGCGUCAGCGUGUGGUCUGUCUGCCAACCACCAAGCGUCUAAUGCGAUUCGAGAGCCAGUGUGUUGAGGCGCCAGUGGAGAUUAAUUUGCCACGCCCACGCAUCCGUCUUGAUCAGGAACCAGUGCGUUACUUAAAGGUGAUUCCGCCGUAUCAGCCACACUUUCUGCAGCAGGCGAACAUCAACUUUGAGCACCGCAAUUCCAUGGCCACGCUCAACAACUACAAGUCGAGCACGGAGCAAGCUGGCACAGGCCAGGACUCUGAUGAUUUGCUCAGCAGUCUGGAGAAUCUAAGCCACAACGAUGCCAGCUAUUCGUUCAAUGCAGCACACAUGGCCAACGAUGCCAACAGCUCGUUGGAUCUCGACUACUCGCCGGAGGAGCAAAGCUAUCUACCCUUGCCAAACCAGCCAACGACUGCGGCAGGCAUGACGUGCAAUAAGGCUGCGCUACUUGGACAUGGCAUGGACGAUGUUAGCACCUGUACGCCCAGCACGGAAGAUGGCGGAGAGGGAGCCGGAGCAUUGCAGCCGCUGCGGCAUUAUAUACACUACUGCCUGUAUGCCUUCCACGGCCUGUACAACCCAGAUAAAAUGGGCGAAUGCUCGCGGGCGCAACGCAACGAGUAUCGCAUUCGGAUCUGCAUGCUCAACUUUCGGUUCGUGGAGGCGUUCCAACUCUGUUUGCACAGCUGCGACAGCGGCCAGCGCACACUUAAGCUCUUCGAGUACUUCAGCAAGGACACGGGCUAUGUGCCGCUGCAUCGCUCGGAUCUCAAGCAUCUCAUCUAUCACAUGUGCGUGCACUUUCUGGAGCGCAAGUUCGAUAUGCUCGAGUGUGAGCGCUACUUCAUGGGCGAUCUCGACUACUAUUGGCUGGAGCUGGCGUAUGUGUUUUACUUCAACAACAACAACUCGGCACUUGAACAGAAUCUCAACCAGAAGUUCAAGCAGCUGAUUGCCGCAACCGAUAGCAAUCAGUCUACGUCGUCAAGCAACGAGAAUGUGCUGCAGGACACCGAUGCCAUUUUUGAUAGCUUCACGGUGAAGUUCAAGACGAUCCUCUGCCAGCGUCUGCUCAGCUAUUGUGAUGCCGAUGCGAACAAUGCCAGCAAUUAGCAUUGGCGGAUAAAUUGGCGUCGUCGUCGAGGGAGAAGGUCGAGGGAGUUGUGGUUCUUGCUUUGAAUUUUCCUAGUUAAUCCAAAAGUAUUCUCGUGUCUCUUUUAAUUCACUUGCGCUUAAGUUAAAAGUUUGUGUUUAUCCUUCUCCUUAAUUGUUUAUAUUCUCAUUUCCUUCGAAGAUUUUUAAAGAUUUGUUGUGAGUUCUAGCAGAUCCCCAGAUACCGAUCCACAAAUAGACCAAAGAAAGAUCAAUAUUGGCGUCAUUUUUCACACACACCCAUAUAAUACAUAUGCAUAAGUAAAUAAUACAUAUUAUGAUUAUUAUACCAUUAAUCUAUUAUCUAUUACCCGCCCACACACACACACACACAUACACACAUGUUUAUACUUAAUUACAUAAUUGUUGUUUGCGGUUCUCUGCGCAUAUUUAUAUAAAUAGCUUUUAUAGCGAUGUUAUUUAAGAGAAAUAUUUAAGGCAAACAAAUUGUUUAAAGAAUUUAAUUUUGUAGUGCUUUGUUUGCUAUUGGCUUUAAUUAUUCGAAACGCUUUUUGUUCACUCAAUAAAAAUAUACAAACAAAAA